AUGAAUACUGAUCUUUCUGUACUUAAUCAAGACGAUGUAAAAACAUUUGUUAACUUGGCAUUAGAUCCACCGUUUUCUCUUUCAAUGCUUGAUUUUGCAAAUUGUGUCGAUAAUGCUCUACCUUCAUUAUUACCUGAUCGUAUGAAGCAUAUUGCCGAAAUCGUUCACCAAGCAUUUGGAGUUUAUGUAGAACCAUAUCGACUAAUGGAUAAACUUAGUGGGAUGAAACAAAAAACAAUCGAGGGUAGUUAUAUCUUCAAACACAACAAAAAUUUAAAGGAAGAAUUAUUAAAAUAUUCGUCGAAUACAUUACAUUUUUCAAAACUACCAAAAUCAACACCUUUCUGUUUACCAAUUUGCAUCGAACCUGUCUCGAGUCAGUGUCCACAGUACGUUGAUUCUUUUCUCUGA